CGCCUGUAGUCCCAUCUGCGGCGCUGCUCUCCUAUUGGUCCCCCAAGGGAGAGGCACCGUGACCAAUAGGAGGGCGCCGUUUCGAUCCGCUGCAGGGUAUAAAAAAACAGGGCCGGGGCGCGGUGCGCUCAGUCGCGGUGUGAGUCGGGUGCAGGAGAUGUCGGGGCGCGGGAAGCAGGGGGGCAAGGCCCGGGCUAAGGCGAAGUCGCGAUCGUCCCGCGCCGGUCUCCAGUUCCCCGUGGGCCGCGUGCAUCGCCUGCUGCGCAAGGGGAACUACGCUGAGCGUGUGGGGGCUGGUGCCCCCGUUUACCUGGCUGCUGUCAUGGAGUAUUUGACAGCUGAGAUUCUGGAGCUGGCAGGUAACGCUGCUCGGGACAACAAGAAGACGCGCAUCAUCCCUCGGCACCUCCAGCUCGCUGUGCGCAAUGAUGAGGAGCUCAACAAGCUGCUGGGGGGUGUCACCAUCGCCCAGGGUGGUGUCCUGCCCAAUAUCCAGGCUGUGUUGCUGCCCAAGAAAACAGAGAGCCACAAGGCCAAGGGCAAGUGAAGCAGCAGUGAGUGGAUUUGUGAAGGAACCCUGAGAUUUUUCUCUCUUCAAACCCAAAGGCUCUUUUAAGAGCCACCCACCAUGUCAGGAAAAGAGCUGGAAGAUCAGGGUGAGCUGUGUUUGGGGCCAGGGGUGCUGUGCUGAGGACUGGAAGCAUAUUUUAUUUAGCAGGUUCUGAAAUAAUACUUGCUGUUUGUACUAGGGGAAAUAAAUUGCUUUAGGAUUAAA